AUGGACGAGUUAUCGUCAAUUCAACGAUUUCAACUGAUUGAAAUAUCGUCUGUGCUUCCUCGGCCGUUGUCGUUCAACGUUACAUAUACCAGUGUAGUCAAUUCGUCGUGUUUGAUCUCAAUCGUCGUUUACAAUCGAUUCCAAUCGUUAUUCUCAUUCGAAGUCGGUCUCGUCAUCGAAAUCGUCGAUUCCAUUCUCGUCAUCAAAGUCAUCGAUCUAAUUGUCGUUUAUAAAAUCAUUCAGAACAUUUCCACGCAAACAUUUGAUCGAAGUUUACGUUUCAAUCGGAUAUCGUCAUCCCUGUUGUGUUUGUAA